UGUUCAUUCAAUUGGUUACGAAAAUGAAUACGAAUUCGCUUCGAAGGAAGACCUAAAAGAGAUAGCACGUAGUCAAAUGGAAGCAUUAAGUCGUGAUAUACGUAUGAGUUUCGGCGAUUAUCAACUUAACACCUUUUCAAAUAAUGAUCCUUGA